AUGUCAUCUAAAGACGUACCAAAAGAUGUACGAGUAUAUAGAACACAUGAAUGUUGGGAGGAGCGUUACCAAAAAGAGUCUGAUACUACAUAUGAUUGGUUAAAAACAUACAAGGAUCUACAGCCUUACUUCAGUAAAGUCAUUCCCGACAAGAAUAUGUCAAUUCUGAUGUUGGGAUGUGGAAACAGUACACUUGGCGAUGACAUGUACGACGACGGCUAUCAUCACAGAACAAAUGUAGAUUACUCUGCCAAUGUAAUUAAUUCAAUGUCUGAGAAAUCCAAAGAUAAAGUUAAUAUGAAAUGGUUAGAAAUGGAUAUUAGAGAUAUGAAAGCAUUUGAAAAUGAAUCUUUCGAGGUAGUUUUGGAUAAGGCUACUAUGGAUACGUUUUUUAGUGGUGCAGAUGUGUGGAGUCCAGCAGAGAAUGUUUUAUCUGACGUAAAGCAAGAAGUAGAUGAAGUAGUUCGUAUAUUGAAGGUCGGUGGUGUCUUUAUCUAUAUUUCAUUUGGUCAGCCUCAUUUCCGUCGUCAAUAUAUAACACGUGAGAACUGGGAUGAAAUCAAAGUUACUACAAUCGGUGAAUUCUUUGUACCACGUCCAAAUACAAUGUCAAAUCCAAAGUCAUCGACACUACAACCACAUAGCAACAGCAAUAGCAGCAGUAAUAGCAACACAACCAAUCAAUCAAAUAAAAAUGAGUUAAAGGUAGGAGAGUGUAUUAUUCUCUGUGAUUUUAAAGAGAAUAUAUCAUUAGGUAAAUCCAAAGUGCAAGUAAGCCAUCAAUUUUACCAACAACCUGCUCGUACCUUCUUUGGAAUGGUCCUCUUCUAUAAGCAAGGUGACAAGCUGAAGACUCACUACUAUGACUGUCUUUCACAAGUACUUAAUCACUGUUCGACAUUUGCAACUUCAUGUCUCGACAAAUUAAUCAAUGAUCCAUUAUUCACCAGUCUAAAUAUCAACAAAAUUACAUUUUGGUGUGAUAAUGCUAGACAUUUCAAGUCAAAUGAAAUACUUUCAUAUAUGCAUACAUUGUCAAAGUUGCAAGUAGCUGAUCCAAACACUCCAAACAAAACCAAAAGAAAGUAUCUCGUCGAAUUGAAUACUUUUGCACCCUAUCACGGAAAGAGUGAAUGCGAUCAACAUUUUUCAAUGGUUUCUAGAGCGAUAGCAGACAAGUCGAGUUUCAAAGAUUCAAUCUAUACAGAUCAAGAUGUUAUCAAUGCAAUCAAGAGUACCACUGACAACAACAACUAUCAAAGAACAUACAAAUUGACUUCUGAAUCAGAGAAGGAAGCUGUUACCAUCAAAGUAACAGUCGAAAUUCAUAACCCAAAGGAAUUGAAACAAAAAGAAAUAAAGAUCUUUCCUGGUUUUACAGAGUAUCAUCGUUUCCAGUUUUUAGAUAAUAGAUCAAUGCGUGCCAAUAAACAUUAUAUUAAAUUCAUGGGUGGAAAUGAAGUUGACAAAAUGACUAUCUACAAAUAUUCUGCUAUGAAAAGUCAAGUUGGUAAAGAGACUACAAUUUCCAGAGGCUACGAAUCGACCACCAAGGAGGAGGCACAGUCUUGGAAACCAGCUCGAGAUAAGGCACAUACCACCUAUCUAAACACCUGA